GUGUGUGUGUGUGUGUGUGUAUGAGGGCAUGGGGCCCGAGCGUAUAAAUAGCCGAGCGCCCCGCAGGAUUCGCUUUUUCGCUCGGAUGCCACCAACCCAGCAGCAGGCGAGCGCGCUCCGGCCAGGCGCCUGAUAGAAAACCUAUCCUAUUAUUUUGCGCAGCUUUGUUGCCACAUUGCCAUGCCACAGCACUGCUAGGGAACGGACACCAGCAAAGAUGGAGACCGCCACGGGCUAUCAGGAUAUUAGCGCCCUGGAAAAAUCCAUGUGUUAAAAACUCCCACUGCAGGUGGCCAAUGCUGGCUCCCAGCUGUACACGAUGGCCCACAAGCUGCACGCGGUGGAGCGCAGCCUGGAGCAGACCACAAUGGAGCAGAUGGACGAGAUGGAGGUGAUGGAGCUGCUCGAGUCCAUGACCGAGGUGAAGAACGAGUACCAAAAUCUGCGCAAGGACAUCCUGGAGGUGCAACAACUGCAGCGUGACGUCAGCACCUCGAUACGCUUUCAGAUGCGCAGCAUGCAGCAGACGUUCCAGAUGCUCAAGAAGCGGAUUGCCACCUCCCAGGAGCAGAAGCAGAAGAAGCAACGCCAGCAGCCGCGCACCAAAACCACAACCACCGAACUCCCCGCCAUCGUAACGGCCAAUGAACAGUAGA